GCUGCUGCGCUCUUCGCCGGACACACCGGUGACUCCCGGCACGGCCCCGGGCGGGGCAGGGGCCUGCGGUGCCGCGUUCCAGCCGGACGGGUGCUGUCGGCACCGCUUAAAUCCUCACUGUGCCCCAGGCAGUGGCCCCGUGGGGUGCCGUGCGAAGCUGCCGUCCGUCCUUCGGUCGGUCGCUCCGUCGGGAGGCCGGAUGCGGCUGCGCGGAACCGGCAUGGCGGCGGCCCCGCCCCGCCGCGCCGGGCGGGAAACGCGGCCGGGCCGCGCCAUGGAGGCGGCGGGGGGUGAGGAGCGGCCUCUGCUCACACAGAGGCUGAAGGCUGCGGUUCACUACACGGUUGGCUGCCUGUGCCAGGAAGUUGCCGAAGACAAAGAUGUGCAAUUCAGCAAACAAACCAUCGCAGCUAUCUCGGAGAUCACCUUCAGGCAGUGCGAGAACUUUGCAAAAGACCUCGAAAUGUUUGCAAGGCAUGCAAAACGAAGCACAGUCACUACAGAAGAUGUGAAGCUUUUGGCUAGAAGGAGCAAUUCUUUGUUAAAGUAUAUCACCCAGAAGAGUGAAGAGAUCACAUCAAGUAACAUGAAACAAAAGGAGAAGAAAAAGAAGUCCAGUGCAUCUAAGGAAGGGAGAACUUAUGGGGAACAAGAAGAGGCUGUCGCUGAAAAUGAAGAUUCCAACAUGGCAUGAUUCACCUUUCAAGAACGUGGCUCUGGAGGGGUGUCAGAAAUGUAUCACCAUUGCCCUCUGCUGGACUGACGGAGGUUUACCACAUGCUGUUGAUUGGAAAGAAGCAGAUUUAAAGACAAGGUUUUAGACAGAUAAAGCUAAAUGAAAUGAGAAAGCUGCUUAAGCUACUGCGUGGGCAAAUUUUAUCAAGCAAGAAUAUGCUUAGCAAGGAUGGUCUAAAACAUGCAGCAAGAGAGAAAAGACUUGAAUGCUGUUUCUCUUGCUCAGCCCUUGAUUGACGAGACAAACUCUUCCUUGAAGCCACUUGUUCCUUCCUGAAGGAUAUAGUUUAGGGCAGUUCCCAAAAUCAACUUUUAAAUACCAGGUCCUCAUUUUAUUAAGGCUCAUACCUUAAACACUACCCCAAGAUAAAAAAGGUACCAGAUGACAGAAUAUUUUUUACCACCCUUGAGAACUUCUAGGUGUAGCCCUGCUCCU